AACCAACGAGAACCACUUUGGAAAUUAACGAGGGCGCACUAUUCUUAGCGACGAGAACUGAGAGAAACGGUAAACAAGAACUUUUUUUCCAGGAAAGAAAACGUUUCGUAAAACAAACCAUAAUUAAUCGCCACUUUUUCCAUGCUGCUAUUACAUGACAUCUCUAGGAAGGAACUGUAAUGCCUGGAAAGAAGAAAGUUAAGAAGAGGAGGCCUAAAUCUCCAGAAGAUUCUGGCAUAGUAGAAGACCCUAUUGCUCCAAUUACUGACCGAUUAGGGAUUGUGGAUGAUCAAAACAGGUCGCACAAGGAAAAUUUAAAGGCAAUUUUAACUGAAGAAACGGUUGAUGCUGACACUAAGAUAUUUAUGGGAUACAAGGUGUCAACAAGAGUGCUAACUGAGCUGACUCCUCAUGAGAUCAGGGACUUAAAGACAGUUUUUGAAGUGUUUGCAGAUGAAGACAAGCAAAUAGGAGCUGUCUCAGUACAAAGGAUGAUGCGUGCUUUGGGCUUCAAACUGAAAAGGAAAGAAGCGCGAGAAAUGAUAGCAGACAUGGAUCUCGAUAAAAAUGGCUUAAUAGACUUCAACGAGUUCCUUCAGUUUGUUAUUGAUAGACAAGGAACAGCCAGGGAUAUUCACGCUGAGAUUGAACAAGGCUUCAAAAUGUUUGACUAUGCCAUCAAGGUUAUUACCCACCCUGAUCAGUACAGUACAAAAAUACAAAAGACAAGACAGGUGAUGACAAGUCAAUGAACACAGGUAACUGGUACCUGUCAAUACACUUUGGCCAAGUCAAAGUGGGCCUACUUGAUGAGCAUUAAAAGAUUGAAUUCAAUUGCAAAAUAAUACCUCUAGGUCUUAGUUAAUACUGUUUCAGCUAUAUUAGUGUAUACUUUGUUACAGUUAUUUGUCAGCUAGUUUCUAAUAAACAGGAAUUUUGUAGGUUUUUGUAACUAAAGUGAGCAAAAUUUGAAAUGAACUGUUACAAUGCGCCCUCAUCCUAAAUCGACCUAGAUAUCUGAUUAUAAAAUUCAUCCAGUGACUAUGGCCUAUUUCAGACUAGGUGGGUCAACUCACCGGGUUUAUCCACCCUCUAGUCUGAACUACUGUAGGUGGCUUAUCUCAAGCCAGGCGUUGUUCCUAUAGUUACUAGGCCUGGCGUGCCACUCAGUUUAACCUUUCUAAGCCAGGCUUUAAUCACUGCGGGGGGUUCUGUGUUGAACUCGGGUCAAAAAUUCACCAAUCAGCAUUCAGUGACGUAGUGGCUGACGCACUAUGAGAGAACGUACGUUUCACACGCAAUGUUUUGAAAAUCAUUUCCUGGUUCUGGUUCAUGAAUAUGCAAAUUUAACUUCCCGGUUCUCGCGCCUGGCUAAUCCAGCCAUUCUGAACGCCCAGCAAAGUUAAACCGGGCUUAAUGUAAGCACGGCUUAUAUCCAAGUCUGAACAUAGCCUAAAUUAUAUAAUUUCUAUUAUUUCAAACCUUUUAUAAAAAGAUAUGGAAUUCAAACUAAGUAAUAGAUCUCGGUAAAUAUUACUUAUGAUAAAUAUUCAUUAUGAUAAAUUACU